AUGCACAUCGAGGAGAUCAUCCUGGAUGGCUUCAAGUCGUACGCGACGCGCACAGUCGUGAGCGGCUUCGACCCUCGCUUCAACGCCAUCACGGGACUCAACGGCAGUGGCAAGUCGAACGUGCUUGACGCCAUCUGCUUCGUGCUGGGCAUCACCAACCUGUCCCAAGUGCGCGCCAACAACCUGCAGGAGCUCGUGUACAAGCAGGGUCAAGCAGGUGUGACCAAGGCCAGUGUCACUAUCGUGUUCAACAACCAGGAUGCCAAGGCCUCGCCCGUGGGCUACGAGCAGUAUGAGCAGAUCUCUGUGGCCCGUCAGGUCGUGAUUGGCGGAAGGAACAAAUACCUGAUCAACGGCCACACGGCCCAAGUGAGCCAAGUGCAGAACCUCUUCCACUCUGUGCAACUUAACGUCAACAACCCGCAUUUCCUCAUCAUGCAAGGUCGCAUCACCAAGGUGCUCAACAUGAAGCCGCCCGAGAUCCUCGGUAUGAUCGAGGAAGCAGCUGGCACGAGGAUGUACGAGAAUAAGAAGCUGGCAGCACUGAAGACGAUGACCAAGAAGGAGAAGAAGGUGGACGAGAUCAACAGCAUUCUAGCCAAUGAGAUCACGCCCACACUCGAGAAACUCCGAGCCGAGAAGACGCACUACUUGAAGUGGGCAGCCAACAAUACCGAGAUGGAGAGACUGCAGAGAUUCUGUGUGGCCCACGACUACCAGAAGGCUCAAGGCGCGCUGACCAACACGGCGCAACACGUCGAGAAGAUGCAGCAGGCCCAACGAGCGGCGAAAGAGCAGGAAGCGCAGAUUGAACAGGAGAUUGACCAGGUUGAGGAUGAGAUUGAAGCAUUACAGGAACAAAGAGAGAAGGAGAUGGGCAAGGAGUUCCAGCAGCUUAAGGACAACGUGGAGAAGAUCGGCAAGGAGGUGGUCAAAUUCACGACCAAAUUGAAGCAUUGCAAGGCUUCUAUUGACCAGCAGGUGAACGCAGAAGCAGGGAUGAACGAGCAGCAGGCAGAGACGGAACAAGCGAUGGCCAAGCUCGCAAAGGAGAUCGAAAAGGCCAAGAAGAAGGUGAAUCAGGUCGAGGAGACGCACAAUGCCAAGGAAACGGAGGCUAACGACUACCAACGUCAAAUUCAAGCGCUGAAUGCUGGUAUGGAGCAGAGUGGAGACAGCGACGAGUCGCUGUCGGAGCGUCUUGCGUCCAAGCAGCGUGAACUGCAGGAGAACAACACUGCGAUCAAGCAGAUCCAGAUGAAGCUGAAGCACAUGGAGGAGAGCAUCAAGCACAAGCGUCGAGAGAUCGAGCAGACGCGCAUGAACAACCGCAGUAUGGACGAGGAGCGUAAGCACAAGGUCAGCGAGCUGGAGCACAUGCAACGCAAGGUGGACCACCUCACCAGUAGCUUCAACCCAGACGAGGAGCGUAAACUCAAUGACCGCGUCCGCGGACUGCAAGAUCAGAUGAUGCGAGCUGAGAGAGAAGUGGAUGAGAUCUCGUCGGGGCUGUCGUCUCGACUGGAUUUCAAAUACACGGAUCCUUACCGCAAUUUCAACCGAGAGAGCGUGAUGGGUGUGCUGGUAAAUCUGCUGGAGACGAAGCACGAGUGGUCUGCUCUUGCUCUCGAGAUUGCAGCAGGUGGGAAGCUGUACCAGAUUGUGGUGGACAACGAGAAGACUGCGAAGGACGUUCUCAAAUUCGGACGUCUCAUGAACCGCGUUACCAUCAUUCCACUCAACCGCAUUUCGCGCAAGACGGUGGAUCGUCGCAAGAUGGACAAGGCUCGACAGGUGGCCCAGCAGCAAGGUGGAGAAGUGUGGGAAGCGAUGGAAUUGAUCCACUUCAAACCGGACCUUCUGCCAGCGAUGCAGUACGCGUUCGGCUCUUCGAUUAUCUGUGAGACGAGCGAGCUAGCCAAGAAUGUCACGUUCCACAGAGAUAUCAAGGUCAGGACGGUGACUCUCGAUGGGGAUUCGUAUGACCCAGCGGGUACUCUUCAAGGAGGUUCUGCGCCGUCCAGCGGUACUCCCAUCCUUUUGAAGCUCCAUCAACUGAUCAACCGCACACGCGAGCUCAGUGACAUGCGCCGUGAGUACCAGAAUGCAUCUCGAGCCCUGGAUGACAUGAAGCAGGAUUCUGGCCACUUCCGACAGCUGAAGCACCAGAUUGAGCUGAAGGAACACGAGCUGCGCUUGCUUGAUGAACGUAUCGCUGCCAGCGUCUUUGCUCAGUUGGAACGUGACGUUGCAGCAUCGGAAGAGCAGUACGCUCAGGAUAAAGAACUGCUGGUUGCGAAGAAGGAAGCUGUUGUUCUUUUAGCCAAGGAAGUCAAGAGCUUGGAUACCGACAUCGCUAACUUGAAGGAGUCACGUCAAUCAAAGAUCGGCGUUUUGGAGAAGCGGUUCGCAGAGGCCAAGAAGGAGACGCAAAAGCUUGGAGUACAUCUCAAGAAUGCGCAGCAGGAACUCUCGGAGCUGGUUCUGGAAUCGGAAUCUGCUGAGCAGGAGCUUGCGGGCAAUAACGAGAGCGUCACUGGCAUCCAGAAGGAACUUGCUGCACUCCGCAAAGAAGAGAAGAAGGUCGAGGUCAAGGUCGCUGACAUCCAGAGUACCUAUGAGCAGGCAUCGCAGAAGCUGGAGGAGCGACGGAGCAACUUGAGUCUGUGCGAUCAACAGCUUAAGGAGCUCAGUGCUCGUCAGAGCGCUCUUUCCAAAAAGAAGAGCGAUCUUGAAAUUGAGCGCAAGAAGGCGGAGCACAAGAUCUCCCGGAUGGCUAAGGACGAAGGUGACGCCAAGAUGAUGGUGAAGAAGCUGGAGAAGACUCAUCCGUGGAUUGAGACGGAGAAGGAAUUCUUCGGCCGCGAGCACACAGACUAUGACUUCCAGCGAAGGGAUCCGUCCACUGCUAAUCGUCGUCUGCUGGAGCUGAAGGAGACGCAGGGUGCUCUGUCCAAGAAGAUUAACAAGAAGGUCAUGGGGAUGAUUGAGAAGGCCGAACAGGAGUACCAGGGACUGAUGAACAAGCGACACAUUAUCGAGAAUGACAAGGAGAAGAUUACGUCGGUUAUCAAGGAACUGGACGCAAAGAAGAACGAAGCUCUGCAGACUACGUGGGUGAAGGUGAACAAGGACUUUGGCUCCAUCUUCGGGACGCUACUGCCUGGCACACAUGCAAAGCUGGACCCUCCUACAAACGGAACCAUUCUGGAUGGACUCCAAGUGCGCGUAUCGUUUGGCGGCGUGUGGAAAGAGAGUUUAACAGAACUGAGUGGUGGCCAACGCUCACUACUGGCGUUGUCGCUCAUCCUCUCGCUCUUGCUGUUCAAGCCUGCGCCAAUGUAUAUUCUGGACGAAGUGGAUGCCGCUCUGGAUCUUUCGCACACUCAGAAUAUCGGCCAGAUGAUUCGGUCACACUUCUCGCACUCGCAGUUCAUCGUCGUGUCGCUCAAGGAGGGUAUGUUCAACAAUGCUAACGUCGUCUUCCGGACCAAGUUCGUUGAUGGCGUCUCCACGGUGACUCGCACGGUCCCGAAGUCGCGCGGUCGGUAGAUGAGGCCAAGAUACCGACCAUAAUUGAGUGAACGAAGUAGAGACCUGGGUUCGAA